UGUGAAUGGUGGCACAGCAGCGCUCUCUAAUGAGCUGACCCGUCUUCAUGUGGUGCUGAAAUCUACACGGCGAGUUAUCCGUACAGAGCAGGCUGACAUCUUCCUCUUGUGUGAGUGGGAAUCAGAAUGGCCUCCGUUAACCUGGAGAACCAGCUGCAGAGUGCUCAGAAGAAUCUGCUGUUCCUGCAACAAGAGCAUGCUAACACACUGAAAGGCUUGCACACUGAAAUCCGCCGGCUACAGCACCAUUGCACAGAUCUGACUUAUGAGCUGACAGUGAAGAGUUCUGACCAGACAGGCGAUAGUAUUUCAAGAAGUGAUGAACUUAGGAGAAGAUGUGAAGAACUGGAGGCUCAGCUAAAGGACAAAGAAACAGAGAACAACGAGUUGUUAAAGGAGUUAGAGCAGAAAAAUGCUAUGAUUAUGGUGCUUGAAAAUACUAUUAAAGAAAGAGAGAAAAAGUACUUAGAAGAACUAAAAGUUAAAAGCCAUGCAUUGAAUAUGCUGUCCAGUGAAUUGGAGCAGAGGGCCAGUACCAUUGCUUAUCUCACAUCACAGCUGCACGCUACCAAAAAGAAGCUGUUCGGUACCAGUGGGGCCCCUGAGGUAGCCCCUCCUGGCAGCCCAGUAAUGUCUAGUUACAAGCCAUCUCCUCCCAAAGAAAAGCAGCCCGAGACUCCAAGAAGAAGAAUGAAGAAGAGUCUGUCCACACCACUCAAUGCUGACUUUGCAGAGGUCUACAGGCUAGGAGCAGAUGGCCGAAAGACAAUGUUACGUGAAUCUGUGGAUGCCAUGCCAGACCCUACUCCUUUUUUAUUGGCGAGACAGUCAGCGGACACACAGAUCAUCAAAGAGAGGCCACUUGUCAUUCCUCCGAUUCGCUCUGAUUCCAGCAGUCCAGCUAAAGAGAAGAAGCAGAGGGCCCAUGUUGGGGUUGCACAUCGAAUUCCUCAUGCCACCUCUGUUCAGAGUCAGGUUGGACCUCAGCCAGAAGUUGAAACCUUAGCAGUGGAUCAAGUUAAUUCAAGCAAAAUUGUUAGGAAGCACUCAGGGACUGACAGAACUAUUUAAAUCUAUUUAUGUAACUACUAUGUUAACACCUUAACACAUAUUUGGCUUUUUAUGCACUGUGUGACCAGAUAAGAUUAAGAUAAAUACAGGAGGUAGAUUUGAUUUCUUUUUUACAUUUUGCUAUUUUCAAUCCCCUGCAUGCCAAAUGUAAGCAGAUUUGCUGAUAAAAUGCUGCUGUCCUGGGACUCCAAUGGCACAUUCAAGUGCUGUGACAAGAUGUCAGCCUAUAUAAAGCUUCGUCCAGUGUUUUCAACUUAUAACCAAGUAUGUCAACCAAAGCACAUACCUUCAAAGUUGCCACUUGUACAAUACUUGAACAGAACACACCGAUAUAGUUCUGACAAGCUACAUAAGGCUGUUAACACAUAAUGCUCGAUAAGGCUCUAGUCUGAACACUGUAUAACAAUGCUUAUAUCAUAUUGGCAGCAGUGAAAAGAAAGCAGUUAUCAUGUACUGUAUAUGUCUGAUUCUAUUGAAUAUUACCCAGUACUCACUGAUUUCAAUGCAGUGUCUAUCCUUUCAGUGUGUUUAGCAGUUUCUUUUAAGUAAACUAUAAGCUAAUUGCCAAUUAAAAUAUGUCUCA